AUGUUGUAUUUAAUUGGUUUGGGUUUAUCUUAUAAAUCAGAUAUCACAGUUCGUGGUUUAGAAAUCGUUAAGAAAUGUUCAAGAGUUUACUUGGAACAUUACACAAGUAUCUUAAUGGCAGCUUCUAAAGAAGAAUUGGAAGAAUUUUAUGGUAAUAAAGUUAUUUUGGCUGAUAGAGAGUUAGUUGAAAGUGGCGCUGAAGAAAUUCUAAAAAAUUCUGAAACUGAAGAUGUUGCAUUUUUAGUUGUUGGUGACCCAUUUGGUGCAACAACUCAUACUGAUUUGGUAUUAAGGGCUAAACAAAGUAAUAUACCUGUUGAAAUUGUUCAUAAUGCAUCUGUCAUGAAUGCUGUUGGUGCUUGUGGUUUGCAAUUGUAUAAUUUUGGUCAAACUAUUUCAAUGGUAUUCUUUACUGAUAACUGGAGACCAGAUUCCUGGUACGGUAAGAUCAUGGAAAAUAGAAGAAUUGGUUUACAUACUUUAGUUCUGUUAGAUAUUAAAGUCAAAGAACAAAGUAUUGAGAACAUGGCUCGUGGUAGAUUGAUUUAUGAACCACCUCGUUAUAUGAGCAUUUCUCAAUGUUGUGAACAAUUGUUAGAAAUUGAAGAAAGCAGAGGUACCAAAGCUUAUACUCCUGAUACUCCAGUUGUCGCUAUCAGUAGAUUAGGUUCUGCUGGCCAAUCCUUUAAAUCAGGUACCAUCCAAGAAUUAUCAGAAUACGAUGCCGGUGAACCAUUGCAUUCGUUAGUCAUCUUAGGUAGACAAUGUCAUGAAUUGGAACUAGAAUAUUUGUUGGAAUUUUGUGAUAACAAAGAAAAAUUCAGAAAUGAUAUUUUACAGGAUCAAGAAUACUUCAAACCUGCUCCAUGGGUCCCACCAACUGAAGAAGAAGAUGAAGAUUAA